AAUAUUAUACAAUACCAUAUUUCGAACGAGAAGCCAAACCACCACUUCUUAAUAUUAUAAAUUGGCAAGAAUUCUCACAAACUAUUGAGUAGAUCAAAAUACUCAACAAUAUGGAAGUGACUCUCUUGUACGCUUCUUUGGUUGCUAUGUUUUUCAUCUUACUAAUCUUUAAAAGGAAAAAGCAUCACAACCUGCCACCAAGUCCAGCCGGAGCACUCCCCAUCCUCGGCCACCUCCACCUCCUAAAACCACCGAUCCACCGAACCUUCCACCGUUUCUCUCAAAAACACGGCCCCAUUUUCUCGCUCCGAUCAGGCGUCCGACCCGUGGUGGUGGUGUCAUCACCUAAUCUAGUUGAAGAAUGUUUCACCUCGUCCAACGACAUCGUUUUCUCAAAUCGGCCGCCGGUCCUAGUAAAUGAGUACAUAGGCUACAACCACACCACUAUGGCCGGCGUUCCCUACGGCCACCAGUGGCGCAAUCUCCGCCGGUUGGGCGCUCAGGAGGUGCUCUCCUCCGCCCGUCUCAAUUCCUUCUCUCAGAUCAGACAUGAAGAAGUGAGACGAAUGCUACAAAGCAUGAUCGGAAAGAUAAAUGGAGAAAUUGAUCAUGCAAAAGUAGUGCAACUGAGGCCCAAACUGUUUGAACUUAUAUUCAAUAUAAUAAUGAGGAUGUUGGUGGGGAAAAUAUAUUCUACUACUAGUGAAAAUAAAGGGGAUGAAAAAUUAGGUAUCCAGUUCCAAGAGAUUGUAAAGGAGGUUUUUAAGCAAGCUCUAUCGUCGAAUCCGGAGGAUUUUUCGCCAUUUUUGAAUUGGGCUGAUUACAGAGGUUUGAAGAAGAAACUUGAUGCUUUAGGUAAAAAAUUGGACGAUUUUUACCAGGGUUUGUUGGAGGAGCACCGCCAUCACAAAAGGAAUAAUACCAUUGUUGGACAUUUGUUGUCCCUCCAAGAAUCGGAUCCAGAUUUCUACACAGACCAAACCAUCAAAGGAUUUAUGACAAACAUGAUAAUUGCGGGCACGGACACAUCCGUUGUAACUAUAGAAUGGGCAAUGUCCCUUUUGCUCAACCAUCCGGAAGUACUCCACAAGGCCAAACUAGAGAUUGAUUCAUAUGUAGGGAACCAACGUUUGGUGGUGGAACAAGAUCUACCUAAUCUUAAUUACCUCGGUAACAUCAUUCUCGAGACAUUUCGCAUGUUCCCCGCGGCACCCUUGUUGGUGCCUCGUGAGUCAUCAGCUGACUGUAAGAUCGGUGGAUACGAUGUGCAACGUGGAACUAUCUUAAUUGUUAAUGCAUGGGCCAUUCAUAGGGACCCACGUGUUUGGGAGGAGCCCACGAGCUUCAAUCCAGAUAGAUUCCAAGGAAAAGAUAAUAAUUAUGUUGAAACGCAAAAAUUGAUGCCCUUUGGAAUGGGGAGGAGGGCGUGCCCUGGGGCUGGUUUGGGGCAACGAAUGGUGGGAUUGGGUUUAGGGUCAUUGAUUCAGUGCUUUGAAUGGGAAAGAUUGAGUGUCGAGAAAAUUGACUUGAAUGAAGGAGUUGGUCUCACCAUGCCAAAAUUGAAGCCACUAGAGGCUCUGUGUAGACCAAGAGAAAUUAUGCUCAGGCUUCUUCAGGACGCUGCCCCUUAAAAAUGUUCUCUUGCAAUAUUUCAAAAAUGUAUCCGAAUAAGAUUCACAAUCAAAGUUUGUGAAGCUACUAACUAGUGAGUGCUCAAAUGUAUUUUUACUUGUUGAGUAACUAUGGGCAAUCGCAAGAAUGAAAUUACGUAUACAUAUAAAUAAUCGAUGAUUUGUAUUCA